UUAACCAUGCAUAUUAGACACUUGCUGGGUGGAUGCACAGAAGAUUAUGUUGAACACAUAUACCAAGUUACUCUUUGAUAUAAUAAAAUUAUAUUCCUGUGCAUGUGGUUUGCAAGAGUUAGACGUUAAAAAACCACAUUUUUAAGUCAAUUAAAAGCACAAUGCCAGACAGGGAAAAAUUAAACAAUUGUGAAGUUGAGCGCUUGAAGCACGCUCUACAAACACAGUUAAUAUGAGCUUAACUGUAACCUACAUCCCCUUGAUGGCCUGACCCGUGCUGCUAGAGACAGUCUUCAAAAACUGGAAACUGAGUGGAGGAUGAAGAGCUCAGGUUAUAAGCAAAAUGGCUGCAUUGUUGCUAACUUGAUUCAUUGCAUUUCAAAAAUGAGGUAAGUAAGGUAACUUUAAGUUUAUCACUCUGUAAACAGUAUGUUUAAAAUAUUAAGUUGUAACAUAUUAAAUUUGUGUCAUUAGUUAUUUGCCAAUAUUUUAGUCUCAGGUAUAUUAAAGGAUCAGGUCAACCGGGAGGCUUCAUGGCAGUUUUGAAGAAAGAAAGAUUGAAACCUGGCAUCAUUAUUCGAUAUGUUGACAAUCGACUACAUGUAAUAUUCCAU